UUCCGACCCCACCCAACUCUGUGCCUCUCUACAAGGCACCCUGACAUGAGCCUCUGGCAGGUGGAGUCCUUCUGCUUUCUUUUUAUGUAAUUUGAACAGUUUCAGGUCUGUGGGACCGGGUUUGGUGUUUUUGUAAAGAGGACACUUUGCGGGGGAAAAACAAACUUUAAAACAGCAGCUUCUGGUGCUGUUGCACCACUUAUGUAUUGUUGUAGUGCGCAGGAAAGUAAAAUGGACUACAAGCGUCGCUUUUUGCUCGGCGGGUCCAAGCAGAAAGUGCAGCAGCACCAGCAGUACCAGAUGCCUGAGCUGAGCCGGACCCUGAGCGCCUCCCUGGCCUCCUCUUGCUCCGCCUCUUCGCCGAUGGGCACCGGGGUGGGCAUGCCCAGCAGCUGCCACCCACCUCCUUCUGGCGCCACCACCGCGGUUGCAGACAUCCAGCAAGGCAUCUCCAAAUAUUUGGACGCCCUCAACGUGUUCUGCCGGGCCAGCGCCUUCCUCACAGACCUGUUCAGCAGUGUGUUCAGGAACUCUCACUAUUCCAAAGCAGCUAUGCAACUGAAGGACGUGCAGGAACACGUCAUGGAGGCGGCCAGCAGGCUGACUGCAGCAAUAAAGCCUGAAAUCGCCAAGAUGUUGAUGGAGCUGAGCGCCGGGGCUGCCAACUUCAAAGACCAGAACGACUUCAGCCUGCAGGAUGUUGAGGUGCUGGGACGGUGCUUCCUCACGGUGAUGCAGGUCCAUUUCCAGUUUCUAUCGCAGGCUUUGCAGAAGGUGCAGCCCGUGGCUCAGUCCUGCCUGGCGGAGGCUCUUGCCCAGGCCCAAGAGCGCUGCGCCAACACCCGCUCCCAAAGCUCUGACCUCGGGUCCCUCACGGAGCUGGAGGACGCCUCCCGCUCAUGGAAAGGUGCAGCUCAGGCCAUGGCGAGGCUGAGAGAGAGGGGCCGGGACGGCUGCCUGGCAGGCAUCCAGGUUCAGCAGCUCUUCUGUUCCAACAACACCACCAUCCCUGAGCACCAGCUGAAGGAGCUGAACAUGAAGAUUGACAAUGCUUUACAGGCCUACAAAGCAGCACUAGAGAGCCUGGGCCAUAGUGAGUAUGCACUGAAGGCCGGCUUUCAUCUUAACCCCAAAGCUGUGGAGGCGGCCUUACAGAGCUGCUGCAGUGAGGCGGAGGCCCAGCAGGCGGGCAGGAUGCAGACCACCUCUCAGCCCAUCCAGUGCGAGCUGCCCACCAUCCCUGUGCAGAUUGGCUCACACUUCCUCAAAGGAGUGUCCUUCAACGAGUCAGCGGCUGAAAACCUCAAACUGAAAACGCACACGAUGCUGCAGCUCAUUAAGGAGGCGCUGGGCCAGAACGGAGUGACCCCCAGGGAUGACUCUCCCGUCACUGAGGUCCUCAACCAAGUCUGCCCAUCCAGUUGGAGAGGAGCCUGCAAGACAGCCGUCCAGCUGCUGUUUGCCCAGGCUGGUCUGGUGGUUGUUGAUACUGCUCAGAUUGAGAACAAGGAGGCCUAUGCUCCCCAGAUCACUCUUGAGGGUUCCAAAGUGGUGGUGCAGGUUCCCUCUACAUGGUGUCUGAAGGAGGACCCAGCAACUAUGUCCUUGCUCCAGCGGAGCUUGGAUCCGGAGAAGACACUUGGUCUAGUCGACGUGCUCUACACGGCAGUGUUUGACAUCAACAGGUGGAAGGAGAGAAAAGAGCAACCUUUGCCCACUAUUCAAAUGCAGCUGCAGCGGGAGAGCCCGGAUUAUGGCGGCCAGGCAGACCUGCCUCCAGGCACCGGCUCCAAGACCUCCAGUGGAUUGCCCAAAACAAUAUCCAAGCUGACCUCCAAGUUCACAAAGAAGGCCUCAUCCAGCUCUAAUAGCGGGGGCAGUUACUCCAUCCCUAGCACCCCGUCUCGCAGCAUGCUGACAACCAGUAGCUCAGAGGAUAAGACCAAGAGCCUGGGCCACAGUGACGGGAGGCUACGGAGCAUCCUGCAGAUGAGCAGCCUGUCCUGCACCCCUGACUCUUCCCAGCAAAGCCUGCUGGCCAACGGUUUAGUGUCCGAUGACCAGGGGAUGAACCUGCCAACGGACCAAGAGAUGCAGGAUGUCAUCGACUUUCUCUCAGGAUUCAACAUGGGGAAAUCCCAGCAGGCUUCGCCCCUGGUCAAAAGGAGGAACUCUGUGGCGUCUGCAAACCCCGCUGAGCUGAAGCCGCCGAGUGGACCUCCGCCAACUUCCCAAUCUAUCUCUCACGGUGGCCUACCGCCUCAAGCUCAGCCUCAGCCCCAGCCUCCACCAUCAGUGCAGAAACAGCAGCCUCAGCCACCUCCUCCACAGCAACAGCAGCAGCAGCCCCCUCUUCCACCUCAACAGCCCUCCCCCCAGGCCCUGCAGUACUACCAGCACCUCCUGCAGCCCAUCAGUCAGCAGCAGCCACCUCCUCCUCAGCUUCCCCCUCAGCAGACCCCACCCCAGGUCUUGUCACAGCAAAGAGUGGCAAGCAAGUGGCUCGUCACCUCUGGGCAACCGCCUCCACCGCAAGGCCCCCCAGCAGGGCUGUCACCCCUGGGUCCAAUUGGGCAGUGGGGCUCUCCUGGACUGCCAGAUCUGAGCUCAGAUCUGUACAGUCUGGGCCUAGUCAGCACCUACAUGGACAGUGUCAUGUCAGAGAUGCUGGGUCAGAAGCCACAGGGGCCCCGCAACAACACGUGGCCCAACAGGGACCAGAGUGAAGGAGUGUUUGGAGUCCUGGGAGACACGCUGCCCUUUGACCCAGCAGUUGGCUCUGACCCGGAGUUUGCCCGUUACGUUGCCGGCGUCAGCCAGGCCAUGCAGCAGAAACGGCAGGUGCAGCACAUCCGUCGGCCCAGCAACACGCGCAGCAACUGGCCAAUGCCUGAAGAGCAACACAGGACCUGGUCCCACCCCGAGUACUAUAGUGAGGGAGAGGCCGUAAACAGCAGCUGGUCAGCCAAUCAGGGGGACUCGGCCAGCUCUAGCGAUGAGACGUCUUCAGCCAAUGGCGACAGUCUGUUCUCCAUGUUUUCUGGUCCGGAUCUUGUAGCGGCGGUUAAACAAAGGAGAAAACACAGCUGUGGUGAGCCGGAGGUGUGCACCCUGCCCUCACCACCACUCCAUCACAUGGCUGAUGAUAACCAGGACAGCAAGACUAAAACCUGGCCUCCCAAAGCGCCAUGGCAGCACUCGACCCAUAACAACACCAUGCCCAAUCCCAGCUCUUCCUUGUACCAGAUGAACAUCCCUCCUUCCUCCCAGUGGAGCGACUCCAUGCAGAUGCUGCAGUCUCCCGUGUGGUCCACUGCCAGCGACUGCUCCCCCUCCGCCGGCAUCUCCUCUGGUUUUCCCUUCACCCAGCAACAGCAACAACAACAGCAGCAGCAGCAGCAACACAAACCCAUGACCAAGGGCUUUAAAUCUUUCCCCCUCAAACAUGAGCACAGGCCCUCCUACCUUCACCAGUACUGAUCUGUCUGUCUGUCUAACGAGUCCACGGUGAAGUGCCACCGAGGGCCUGUAGCUCUGUUAGAUCAGCCACUGAGUGGGCCAAGCUGCAGCCAUUACAGUCCACGCCCACUGAAUUGGAAGAUUUCAAAGCCUUAAAAGGCAAAGUUAAGUAUACACACUGGCUCAACAUUUUUGUAUCUAUAUUUUUCCAUGUCAAACAUCCCCAUUUGAAAAGGAGACGUAUUUUGAAGUUUUUUCGAACUGCCAUGUUUUAACUACGACAAGUGCAUGUGUCAUGCCGGCAGCAGUUAGUCUAGUGGUCGUCUCUAGGUCUGUCGAGCUGACGUCUCCUCAGACGAGAGCUGGAGACGUGCACGGCCGUCACCCACUCGCUUCUGCAGCUGAACGUGUGCGUAAGUGAGCCGAUUACAAGGGUGCAGGGGCUUGAAAUGCUCUCAUUUUGCCCAUAAUAAAUAUACUGUGUCGACAUAGCUGUGACUGCCAAAUCUCACCCAAGAUGACUCAGAAUACAGCUACCAUCUACUGUUUCAUAGCUUGUAAAAUACUGAAGUUGAAAUAUAAAUAUUUAGUUCUUUUUAUUAAGAGGCUUUGAGCAGGCUCAGCAUAAAUAUAGUAAGUCACUGCAGAGGUGUAAUUUGAGAAAAAUACACUACUUUUUCAACAACUGACCAGAGUUAAGAAUUAUAGCAGCAACUAAUGUGCCAUGUUGGUAUCGAUAGCACUUGCAGAAUAUUCCCAACCGAAGCAUUGUUCAGAAGAUGAAUGGUGCUGAGGAGAUGAGAGGUGGUCUGAGAUUAUCGAUAAACGGUGACGUUUCACACCCUGUUGAAUGAAAGCUUUCGGGGAACAUCUUCACAUCCAGAAGCGCAAUCAUUUCCUCCUCUCUGAUUGGCAGUUGUUUUGCUCCAGAUUGACACUAACUCCCGUAAACCUAACUUUUUCUUCUGCUUAAUAAUACAAUAUUUUUCUUGUACAUUUAUUGACAGUAUUAAUCUUAUUUUUGUAUUUUCUUACAUGUUAUACCAUUACUGUAUGUUAGUAUUCUAGUAGGCAUAUUACAUAACACAUUAUUUUCCACCUCCCAAUAUGUGAAAAAGCACAUUUUUUUUUCCUACAGAGUUGAACUACACCAUCUAAAGGUUACCAAAUAUGCCAUGCUAAACACGACAACAUUGUGUGAUAAGGGUGUUUUCGAGCCCUUGUUUCUUCGGUUUCUAUGGCAAUGGGCUGUAUUUAAAAGCCCAGAAUGUUAUCUUUUUGUGAUGUUUGCGGAUGCCAAUGUUGCCUGUAUUUAUGAAAUGACACCAUGUUUUCAGAAAACUAACAUACUUAACAUGUUUACAGAGAAUUGUUUGCUGUAUAUACAUAUAAAUAUAUAUCUUUUUAUAGUUAAUGUGCUUUGCACAAUCAAGAUAUAGGGUUUGUUGCUUUUUGUCUGUGUUCUCCCUCUUAACUGUUGCAGCCUUUUUUAAAGACAUCAUUACAGACCUUGGACUGUAACUGUUAGCUUCUCGGCUGUGUCAAAUGGUUUACUAGUGGCUUCUACAAAAUAAAAUAAAAAAUAAUAAAAACAUGUUGCCCUGAUAGAAGAUAUGAAGGGGGACUGCUUGGCUUAUGUUGCUUAUUGUUCUCUUGAGCUGGCAACUGACUCUUUCCAAGUGUACCAGCAAUGCAAAAAAUGAAUAAAAAUGACUAGCAAUUCAAAA